UGCAGGGGAGGCUGAGGUUGAUGCUGAGCGCCCGGCUCCUGCUCCUGCUCCACUCCCGCUGGCACUCGCCUGUCAGCAAUCCGACCCCAGUGCGGCCGCUGCACCCAACAGCGGGAGGGCGAGCAGCCGGUCAAUAAACAGUCGCUUGUUUAUCCGCGGAGGGGGAGGAAAGGGGACGGGAAUUAAAAAAGCGUUGAGAAUUAACAAGAUUAAAGCCAUUUACCAUCCUGCUCUCGCUGUUUAAAAUCCGGAGUGAAAAACAGGGGAAUGAAAUAACAGCCUUCCGAAUCGCUGCAAUGGUUUCACCUCAAAUAUCUGGAAUCUAAAAUAAACUGGACAUCUUUAAGGACCGUUUAACCCCAAAAGCAACCCUCUCCGCCUUGCCUGAACGUCAAAGAAUUUGCAAGGACGCAACCUCCAAACUCUCUACGGUGAAGGAGUACUGUGUUCAAUUUUCUAGCAAGAUAGAGUAAAGAAUGUAACCACCUAUUCAUGUGUAUGCAAGAGAUCUGAGAUUCACAGGGCACAGCCCAUGAUAUCUGGUACACAAGGUUUAAAUGCCAAUAGGGUUAAGAGGUUGGAAAUUAAACAAUUGAAAUAGAGUGAAGAUUGAGGAGUAGCAGUGAGUCAGAAUGCAGAAACCAGCAGCUACUCUCAGAAGGAGAUCCUGUUGACUUCCCUUGAACGGAUAUAAGUGUACUUUGGAGAUGUCACGGCAUCACAGCCGGUAUGAGAGGGAUUAUCGCAGUGGGUGGGAUUGGCAAGAGCGCAUCAACAGCUGUAACAAUGUAAACAAUACCAACUGCGCCAGUGGCAUUGCCAGCACCAACAGCAUUACCAACCGACCUGCUCUUCUGCCACUGCCAAUGGUUCCCUCCCAUCUCUUGACUGCAGUCACACCUGUCUCCACCACAGCAAGCAAUGAGAUGAUGACAAGCUUAAUGUCCAGCUCCGUUUCCUCCACAACAACAACGUCUAAGACUUCAAGCACUGCUAAGAUUAACAGUCAGACCCAAGGACAAAUGCUAAGUAAAAGUGUGAGAUGGGGACAAACUCCUAUCAAUCAGUCAACUCCCUGGGACACUGACGAACCACCAUCCAAGCAGAUGAGGGAAAUAGAAAAUGCUGGUCCAACACCAUGGGCCCCUUCAGUUGCUGCCGUUGGCCCACCUGCCCUAAUACCUCCCACAUAUGGGAUUGCACAGGCACCAACAUUUGGCGUUCAAGGUCCAGUGAUUGGAGUUACACCCACAAUCCCACCUCCAGUUCCUCCUCAGCUUCCACUUAUGACAACACACUAUCAAGUACAACAUCCUUCACAACCACUAAGUAACAGGGUUGUGAAUCUGCAGAGUCAACCAUUGUACACAACAAGUCAUCCGAUGACCGUGUCCCCUCUCACUGGGGUGGGUCAGGUGACUCAGCCUGCCCCUACCACAAUUGGGAAUGGUCACAUGAGCUGCCCCAUUCUGCAUCCAUCUGAUCUGCCUUCAGUAACUCUUCCUAGUAAUGCUCAAGGCGUCAAUGGGCAAGUUGUUUCCCAACUUCCUUUAAACCCAACACAAAUCGAAGAUGACAAAAAUGGUGCCCAGAUGUUACGAACUGUUGGGACGGGAAAGUACGAGUUUACCGACCCUUGGCAUCCGAAAGGUGAUCGACGCGAAUCCCCCGUAUGCACCAUGGACCAAGUUCAACCCAGACUUGACACCACGGAGCAACUUCAAGCAGAAAUGUUGAAGGAGUUGAACCAGCAACGCAGAGCGAAAGAGUUCACAGACCUGAAAAUAACUGUUGAAGGCAAAGAGUUUGAAGUCCAUCAAAAUGUUCUAGCUUCCUGCAGCUUAUAUUUCAAGGAACUGAUCAAAAGGGCUUCAAAAGACAACAAGAAUGGAGAGAAGUUGGAGUUGACGAUUUCGAACAUAAAUGCAGAUAUUCUGGAAAUGCUGCUGGAAUUUGUUUAUACUGGUUCACUCAUCAUCAAUUCCGGAAAUGCCAAAACUUUACUGGAAUCUGCCAGUAAAUUCCAGUUCCGAACUUUCUGCAAAAUUUGUGUAUCAUUUUUAGAAAAACAGCUAACAGCAACCAACUGCCUCGGAAUCCUAGCCAUGGCAGAAGCCAUGCAGUGUAAUGAACUGCACAGCAUGGCAAAAGCAUAUGCAUUGCAGAAUUUUCCAGAAGUAACAGCCCAAGAUGAAGUUCUGAACAUCUCAAAAGAUGAUCUUAUUGCGUUUCUCUCCAACGACAGCCUGAACACAAAGGCUGAAGAACUUGUAUAUGAGGCUGUAAUUAAAUGGAUUAAGAAGGAUCCAUUGAAUCGAACACAGCAUGUGUCGGAACUGUUGGCUGUGGUCCGCCUGCCCUUCAUUCAUCCAAGCUAUCUGCUAAAUAUUGUUGACAAUGAGGAAUUGAUAAAGUCCUCAGAGGCUUGCCGAGACUUAGUCAAUGAAGCAAAACGGUAUCACAUGUUGCCACAUGCACGGCAGGAGAUGCAGACGCCUCGAACACGGCCAAGGCUAUCUGCAGGUGUGGCCGAAGUAAUUGUCCUGGUUGGUGGUCGACAGAUGAUUGGAAUGAGUCAACAGCUCACAGCUGUCAACUGCUUUAACCCACAGAACAACAAAUGGUACCCAUUAGCCAGUCUGCCGUUCUAUGACAGGGAAUUCUUCAGCGUUGUGAGUGCAGGAGACAACAUCUAUUUAUCAGGUGGCAUGGAGUCUGGAGUCACCCUUGCUGACGUUUGGUGCUACAUGUCCCUCCUGGAUAACUGGAACCUGGUUUCACGAAUGACCGUCCCAAGGUGUCGACAUAAUAGCCUGGUGUACGAUGGGAAAAUUUACACCCUUGGUGGCAUUGGUGCAUCAGGAAACCUCAAUCAUGUGGAAAGGUACGACACAAUAACCAAUCAGUGGGAAACUGUGGCUCCUCUUCCCAAAGCUGUGCAUUCUGCAGCUGCAACUGUGUGCGGUGGCAAAAUAUAUGUGUUUGGUGGUGUGAAUGAGUCGGGACGGGCUGCUGGUGUUCUGCAAUCAUAUGUUCUUCAAACAAACACAUGGACUUUCAUCGAAUCUCCUAUGAUAGAUAACAAGUAUGCUCCUGCAGUCACUCUCAAUGGAUUUGUCUUUAUUCUUGGAGGUGCCUAUGCCAGAGCAACCACCAUAUAUGAUCCUGACAAAGGGAAUAUCAAAGCCGGGCCAAACAUGAAUCACUCCAGACAAUUCUGCAGUGCCUUAGUCCUGGAUGGGAAAAUCUAUGCUACUGGAGGGAUAGUCAGCAGUGAAGGACCUGCAUUAGGAAAUAUGGAAACGUAUGAUCCCUGCAGUAACAACUGGACACUCCUGCCAAACAUGCCUUGCCCAGUGUUCAGGCAUGGAUGUGUAGUCAUCAAAAAAUACAUUCAAAGUGGUUGACACUGUGAGACUAAACCAGUUCCUAAAUUGUUUCAUUCUGCUGCUGCAGUGCGUUAAAACAAUGAAUAUGUUGCUCUUUACUGUCUACAUUGAAUGUAGAAUCCAUAGUCACCAUUAGGUGGAAUAGGGCAAAAUACCCUAUGGAUGUAUUAUAGUAUAACUUAUGGUACUUCUAGUAGUGUCACAAGACAUGGCACUUGUUUUAGAUAAUAGGCAAUUCAGGUAAGAAUGCCUGCUUUAUAACAAUCAUCAAUUUUGCUUUCAAACAGUUUACCUUUAUAUUGUUAUGGCCAUUUAGAAGGUAAAUCGGUUUGUGGAGUGUAACAUCUGCAGUACCAGAGCAGCAGCAUGUAAACAAUUCACCAAAAGCAAACGACGGUCCCACAGAGCUCAAGCAAUCCCAGAAAAUGUGCUGAAGAUUUCAAGAAAUUCAAUAGUAUUCAGGGACUAUACCAAGAGGGAGCUUGGAUACUUCCAUACAUCGUGCAUAUCUGAAGCGAACAGAAGGUGAAGCUACCCUCAAAGUCACGCAAUCUGUUUCCAAGCCAGUAUUGGAAAAACAAAAGCAAAUCAAGAUAAAAGGCAGUUUCCUUAAGUUACACAAAAUAUUCAGUUGCAAAUGUAGUCAAAUUUUAAAAAUUGAUUUUAGAAAUAAUCUAUAUUUGAAAGAAGAAUUUUAGAUCCACAUUGUUUUAUUAUCAGUGGUCCCACUGGUGGUGUUUUAAACAACUAUUGCAAAUACAUGAUACUGUUGUUCAGAUAGUUAUUAAGCAGAAACCAUGAGAUUAAAGCCAUUAGAUAUCAGAAGAUGCACCUAUAAGGUUUAUAUUUGGAGCUGUAUUGAUUUGUUUCCCAUAUUACUUUAUAUCAUAGAUCAAAUAGAGCAAACAUGCAGUAUUAGAGUAAAUAUACAGAGGCCUAGUAUUUGUUUCCAAAAUCACUUUUACAGUGGCCAAUGCAAAGGUGCCAUUCAGCUGGGGACAUUUUCUCUUACUUUGACAUGACCCAUUUUAAUCUGAUACACAAACGUAUCUGAUCAUUAGAGAGAUAUUUUACUAAAAAUUCAAAAAUAUUCUAAUAGUUUUUUUGUAGAAAGAUAAAAUAUAUUAUCCUCGUAAGUCCCCGUAAUAUUUAAAAUUGAAUUACCACUUACUAAUUUCUUACAUUUCAUGCAUAGUGGGGAAAGGGGUAGGUUGAGGACAGCAGAUGAAAGAAAUUGAUGAGAAACUUAUAUCUGGUAUUAAAAGAAACUCAUAGGAUUUAACAAAAUCAUCAAUGGCAGAGUGGCUGAUAGAAUUGAGUAAUAAAAUCUAAUGAAGAUGGAUGCCAUACUAAUCUGUGGCAUUUUAGGAUCGCUACAUAAUGUGUAUACCUAUGCAGUACCAAUGAGGUUUAUUAUAUAUGUGUAGGAAAGAACAGCAGAUGCUGGUUUAAAUCGAAGAUAGACACAAAAUGCUGGAGUAACUCAGCGGGACAGGCAGCAUCUCUGGAGAGAAGGAAUGGGUGACGUUUCGGGUCGAGACCCUUUUUCAGGUUUAUUAUAUAAAUCCAGUGUGACACAUGUCAGCUUCAGCUCUUCAAAUUGUACCAUAUGAAAAUGAUCCAUCCGGUCACAUAUUAAGUAGUAUCCUGAUUUUCAACCCAAUGAAUAUUUAAUAUACCAUGUAUAGUAGUUCAGAAUAAACUUUCAAAUAAAGCCUCAAUUUUUCGUUAGCAGUUAUAUAUAGAACUACAAUGUGUGGACCAAAUAUACCUAUGUACAGUAUUUUCUGACAAUUGUAAUCUUAUUUAAUAAAUUAUUAGGGUAUUUUUUAA